AUGGCUCCUCCACUUGGCUUCGACACGGAGCAGAUCAAAGACAAGGCUAGGAAGGACCUGCUCUACCUUCUCUCGGUAGUCCAGGGCAAGAAGAACCUCGUCAUCGAACAGAGCCUCGCCGGCCCCAUCGGAACAAUCGUCAAAGUGCAGACUUUGCAGGACUAUGGCGUCGACAAAUUCUUCUUUUUGGAAAGCAGCAAUGUCUCGACAACCCAGAGGAAUGUCGUCUUCGUCGCCCGCACCGCCCAUGCUCAGGAAAUCGCAAACCAGAUUAGGCGAGUACAACGUGAGAGCCAGACGUCCCAUGAGUUCCACAUCUUCUGGGUGCCGCGGCGCACUAUUGUGUCCGACAAGAUCCUUGAAGAAUCAGGUGUUCUCGGCGACGUCAACGUCUCGGAGCUUCCUCUGUACUUCUUCCCACUAGAGCGAGAUGUCCUUUCCCUGGAACUCAACGACGGGUUCAAGGAUUCAUACCUGUCGAAGGACCCCACACCAACUUUCCUGCUCGCCCAGGCCCUUAUGGGCAUCCAACUAAAACACGGCUUGUUCCCCCGUAUCACGGGCAAGGGCGAUGGUGCCAAGAGAGUCGCCGAGUUGCUCUCCCGCAUGAGACAGGAGCUUCUAGCCGGUGAAGUGGCCAGUGAACCCGACAAGAGUGGCCUCAGCCCGAGCACGACAACGGAAAGCGUUAUCAUCAUUGAUCGCGAGGUGGACAUGGUCACGCCUCUCCUCACCCAGCUCACAUACGAGGGCUUGAUAGACGAGGUCUUUGGCAUCCAAAAUAACCAGACAGAGGUCGACUCGACUAUUGUAGGCGGCGCACCUCAAGCGACUCAGAGCGCAUCAGCAGCACCGGCGUCUAGUAACCAGUCUAGAAGACGCAAAGUCCAACUGGAUUCGUCAGACAACAUGUACGACCAGCUCCGAGACACGAAUUUUGCCAUCGUCGGAAACCUGCUCAACAAGGUCGCUCUGCGCAUACAAAAGGAUCUAGACAGCCGACAUACGACCAAAACGACGGCAGAACUGACAGAUUUUGUGCGAAAACUGCCAGGCUAUCAAGCAGAACAGCAAAAUCUGAAGAUACAUACGAACCUAGUGGAAGAGAUCAUCAAGUACACACGUACCGACCAAUUCAGCAAGCUCCUUGAGGUUCAACAAAAUCUUGCGGCGGGCGCCGACCCCUCGUCCCAAUUCGACUCAAUCGAGGAAUUGGUAGCUCGUGACGCACCGUUGCCCGAGGUGCUCCGGCUUCUGUGCAUUUACUCUUGCAUAUCUGGUGGCAUCAAAACCAAAGAACACGACCAAUUACGCAAACUGGUCUUACAAGGCUAUGGAUAUCAGCACCUUUUGACCCUGCACAAUCUGGAGAGACUACAGCUUUUCCUCCCCAAGUCCUCGCCCAUGGCAUCGAUGAUUCCAAUGGCCGGCUCUGCGGGCGCGACUGGAGACAAAACCAACUACUCGACCUUGCGGAAAUCUCUGCGGCUCAUUGUAGACGAAGUCAACGAGCACAACCCGAAUGAUAUAGCAUACGUCUACAGCGGGUAUGCACCUUUGUCGAUACGUUUGGUUCAAUGCAUACUUCAGAAGCAAUAUUUGCUCUCCAUGACAAAGGGAAACGGCGUGGCAGGUGCUGCAGUUGCGAGCUCGGGCAGUCAUGGUUGGAGGGGAUUCGAAGAGGCUGUCAAGCAUGCGCGGGGCCAGACCUUCGAUGAGCUCCAAAAAGGAGAAGACAAGGCGGUGAAGGCUCGGGCGCUGCUCUCUGGCAAUGGGCAGAAGAAAACGGUGUUUGUUGUGUUCGUGGGUGGGAUCACUUUCACAGAAAUCGCAGCACUGCGCUUUAUCGCAAAGCAGGAAGAAGCUCCUCGACCAGAGCCGGAGGAGGAAACCGACGAGUUUAUCGCCGAUAUCAUCGUCGUGAACACAGACUCACCAGACCAUUCAAUAGAUAUGGACGAUGAGGUGUCCAAGACGAUGAUAUCGGGAGAUAUCAUCAUACCUGCAUCAGCGCACCUCCCGGACUCGAUGAACGCCGAGGCAACGCCAUUGAAGCCGCCGUCAACAGAGCCGGAGGCCGUUGAUAUGGGCUUUGCUGCGUCAUAUGCGAUGAACCAAGACGAGUCUUCCGAAUUAUUGUCCAUGUUUUCAACUGCUCCAGACGAAAGCAUCGUUGAGAAUGACGCUAUGGCGAUCGAUCCUCCUUUCGCCGAGCCGUCGGGUGUGUCUGUGGCUGAUAUGACACACACCGAGACGAACACCGGAGACAUAAGAGUCGUAACGACCGAGUCCGACAGAACAGAAUUCACUGCGAAAGUGGAAACGCCGGCAAAAAUCAAUUCAAUGGUGGAUCAGGAAAAUCGUGGCUCAGAUGUGAAUGAUUUUGAGACUCUUGUUGUGGAUGCCACGGUGCCCGCUGCCUCCCCUCUCCCCAGCUCUCCAGAUCGUGCACCCCUACUCUAUGCAAAAACAGAAGCCGCGGAGAGCGUUUCUGCUGAACCAAGACCUACUCCUUCUGAGCCGGUAGACGAACACACGAACGACCCGAUGCCCAUGGAGAACGAUGGUGGUAGUGAGCUACAGCCCCACAACGAGGUUGCCAAGGUACCUGAAGGACACGCAAAUCCAACAGCAUCAAGUUCUGAACUGAGUGACCUCACUGACCUGGAUGGUCUUACUCCAUCAAAAGCCUCGAGGACUGUUGAAGAAGUAUUGGAGGUGGAGGCAAUGGGUGACCACGUGGACGAGGCUUCUUCAGAGCUCAGCGAUGUUGUCUCCGCUGAUUUAGUGUCCCCGGAUGCAGCGCACACUGACCAAACUCCAGCAAAGUCAGCGAUCAGCCAUUUGAUCGGGGCGUCGCGCCAUUCCUUCGCCUCGUCGGCGUCGGCCCCGACUGAGCAAUCUGGGCUGUCUUCGAAACCACCAUCCGUCUCUAGCAAAGCGACGACCCCCUUCGACACCGGUAGCCCGAAAGAAGCGACGAGUCAGCCAACCACGUUGACUCCCCUUUCAACGCCCAUCGCAAGAGUGCAGCCGCGAUUGCGGAGGAUACAGUAUAAUGUGCGCCCAAAAGUGUCUAUUCCUACAGAUUUGACGCCGCAAGAAUACGCCAUGGAAUGCAUUGAGGCUGCGGAGCAUUCACGUUUGAAUCCGUACGCAUUGCACCAGGAGGAAUAUCACAUACUGCGUUGUCAUCUCAGCCACGCACAGGUCACGUCCUAUUUGAAUAUUCGAAACGGCAUCCUCAGACUCUGGGUGAGGAAUCCACAGAUCGCCGUGACGAGAGAAGAAGCUAUUGGGUGUGCCAGGGACACCCGCUGGUUCGACGUUGCCAACGUGUGUUUCGAUUGGCUGGUCCGUCGUGGUUUCAUAAACUAUGGCUGUGUCGAAAUUCGACAACACAAGAGGAAGAAUAGCCCAGUCGAGGAUUCGCAACCACGAAAGAGGAAGACUGUGGUGGUCAUCGGGGCUGGGUUUUCCGGGCUCGGAUGCGCCAGGCAGUUGGAAGGACUCUUCACGCAGUACUCAAAGCGGUUCCGUAACAUGGGCGAAGACCCACCUCGGGUGGUUGUGCUAGAGGGCAGAAACCGAGUUGGUGGACGAGUCUACUCCCGUGCUUUCCACACUCUGCCAGAUACUGCGCCGGGCAUAUUCCGGGGCAAACGAUUCACGGCGGAGAUGGGCGGCAUGAUCAUCACCGGGUUCGACAGGGGCAACCCCCUUAACAUUCUCGUGAGGGGACAGCUGAGCUUGCCGUAUCAUUGUUUGCGGAGCGACAUGUCUCUCUAUGACACCAAUGGUACAGCCGUUGAUCCUACUCGUGAUGAGAUGGUUGAGCACCUCUUCAACGCGUGUCUCGACCGGGUGAGCGAGUACAAGUUCAAAUCGCAACCAUCCAAACUAAUCGAAGGAAAUCACGACCUCAUUGACGAGGGACGUGAUAGCACUGCCGAGGGCCACAAGACUAUUGCUUUCGAGGAGGAGAAGGCUGCUUCCCAACCUCAUGCCCCUCCUGUCUCUCAACAGAAUGUCACGCCUGAGACUCACCUCGUGCCAGUGUCCACAGACCGCAUGACCGGGAAAGUCCACGUCGAGCCUGGCACUCCUGGAUCCACUAGGGCUGCGUUCAAGGCUAAGUCGCUCGGCUGGACCUUGAAGCCUGGAGUGCCGGAGACCAGGGAUAUCGAUCUUGAUGCUGCGGCUAGUGAUAGUAGUGCCACGUUGGGCUCAGUUGUCGACGAGGCACUGAUGCAACACAAAGGUAUUCUUGACCUCAACGCCCAGGACUUCAGACUGUUGAACUGGCACAUUGCCAACUUGGAGUACAGCAACGCCACAAACCUCAACCGCCUAAGUCUGCAAGGGUGGGACAUCGACGCCGGCAACGAGUGGGAGGGGAAGCACACCAUGAUAGUGGGCGGCUAUCAAAGCGUUGCCAGAGGCCUUUCGAUGCUCCCGGCACCCCUCACCAUACGACAAAAGGCGCCUGUGAAGCGCAUCACGUACACCACGGAGGGAGCAGCUGGACCAGCUAGAGUUGACCUAGAGGAUGGCCAAUCGGUUGAAGCCGACUAUGUUGUCAACACUAUUCCCUUGGGUGUCUUGAAGCACGGAGGUGUCGAGUUCCAACCUCCUCUACCUUCGUGGAAAGCCGAAGCCAUCGGACGCCUAGGCUUUGGCGUCCUGAACAAAGUCAUUCUCGUAUACAAAGAUACAUUCUGGGACAAAGACCGAGACAUCUUCGGGACUUUACAGACUCCCACUAAUCGUCUCAGCCUAAACCAGAAAGAUUACGUCUCGCGCCGUGGUCGCUUCUUCCAGUGGUUCAACGUUAGCAACACGACCGGCAUGCCUUGCCUUCUUGCGUUGAUGGCCGGCGAUGCGGGCUACGACACCGAGGUUACCCCCAAUGAUGAGCUGAUUGCGGAAGCCACCGAGGUUCUGCGUAUGCGCUACGGUGCUCGAGUGCCAUCACAACCGCUCGAGGCCGUCGUGACCAGAUGGGAGUCGGACCGGUUCGCGCGAGGGAGCUACUCCAAUGCCGGGGUCAAGAUGCAGGCUGAAGACUAUCAGAUCAUGGCUCGAUCAAUCGGCAAUCUGCAUUUCGCCGGCGAGCACACCAUCGUCACACACCCUGCUACCGUUCAUGGUGCCUACCUCUCCGGCCUGCGAGCCGCAUCCGAUGUUCUAGAGGAGAUGAUUGGCCCCAUCGAGAUACCCGUACCUCUCGUUCUCCCUCGGGAGACUUCUGCCUCGCUGAAGCGUAAAGCCGAGGAAGAGAACAAGGACCCCGUGCAAGCCCGUCUCGAGGCCUACGAAAUGGAAAUUCAAGAGCACAUGUACUCCAAGCUCGGGCCGUAUCCUAUUAAACCCUCCAAAGUGGCUGGGAACCCGUAUCUCUUGUUCAACAAGGCGCAUUACGAUGAGGGGCGCAAGCGCUGCGAGGAAGGCCGGCGCACAGGCAAGGGUAAGCCAAGCCCCAAUGAGGUGCGGACCAUGACGUCCAAGAUGUGGAAGGAGGCUGCCCCCGAGGUGCGGCAGCCCUUUGAGGAUGCUGCUGAGGAGCAGAAGCGCAACUGUGCCCAGGCGCUGAGGGAUUGGACCGCAGCGGCUGCCAAAUGGGAGAAAGAAGCUAUCGAGCUGAGACAGGAGUAUGUCAAGGAGCACCCCAAUGUGCCUGGCCCGGAGGAGGUCGCCGCAGAAGGCGGCGGGCAUGCGAGUGGCGGGAGGAGGGCGAAGAGGGUCGAGAGCUACGCGGAGGAGGACAGCGACCUCGACAUGGAGUAA